AUUGAAUCUCCUCUGUUGAGCCAUUGUUAUCAUCCCUGGCCAUCUGCUGCAGAGGAGUGAUAUUCCAUCUCAUUUGCAUGAUGACUGAUAUAUGGGAGGCUUGGAAGGACAUAUGCCACAGCAAUCAUGUGAUGAAAAUUAAAGUGAAAGUUUUGGGCCCAGAGCCGAAAAAAAAUCUGUGUAUGCGCACGAGGCUGUUGAUGUGCAAAUGUGAGUCAUAUUGAGAAGGUCUGAAUAGGGAGGUGUGACGUAGAGAGGGGACACAAACGCAGGUGCUUAUCUCUAGGCAGUCAAAGAAACUGGAUGUCAUAUCAUGGGAACUACCUUUCAAAGGCAGCUUUAGUAUACAGCGCAGCACACAAGGGAGCAGAAAAGAUAAGUUUUUGGAAACAGAAAAAAGAAUGAAAAACAGAACUGCCUCCUAAAUCUGCAUCGGAAACAUAGAACCCGCUGACUGGAGUAAUCUAACACAUUUUAUUCAAGUGGAAGAAAUGGUGAGAUGGCAGUAGAUGGAGAAGGCACUAAUCUAUGCAUACUCUCAAAAGAAAUUAAAGUGGAAGAAGAUUCUCUAGAACAAGAGCUCAGUGCUUAUAAUUGUACUAUGUCAAAAAAAAGAAAAUUUCAAGAACAGGGUUCAGUUGCUCCAGUCAAUAAAAGAAAAUCACUUUUAAUGAAACCCCAGCACUAUAAUCCUAGUGAAGAACUUGAAGAAGACGGUGAAGAGAAAUCUGAGCUGAUGAGCUUUAAGUUCAUGAAAAAACAAUGUACUACUACAGGUACAAUAAUUAUUCAAUCAUCUGGCAUAUUAACACAUGCAGAAGAGGAAAAUUGUAGUUAUGAAGACAAUAUCAAAGACUCAUCUGUAAUGGGAAGGUCAGAAAAAGACACUGUUUUUCAUGCAGUGAUAGACAGCCCUAUUGGGAGUGUAAUUCAAUCUACAAAAGCCAUUAGAGAUCAUGGAGAAAUAUAUUGUAUCCAGUCCUCCAAACAAAAAGACUCACCAGCGUUCUCUCCUGAUGACAAUAUUGAUAGCCCUGUAAAACCUGAAAAUGGAUGGGAUAGUUCUUCCAGUUAUUCAGAUGAAACUAGUUCAAAAGACAAGAUAUCAGACAGGUCUCUUAACACAAAUAAACAGAAAGUUGAAUUGGAAAUAAGUGAAGGAAAAGCACUGGAAACUGACUCAUUGGUUGGAGUAUCGGAAAAUGAUGAGAUAAGUCAACACCAGAUUCCCGAAAUUGAGGAAGAUGAUAAAUGUAUCUCCAUUAUUACAGAGGAGUCAGUGGAUCUGGAUAAAACAAAAGGGAAUCUGAGCCUGCUGGAACAAGCAAUAACUUUACAGGCAGAGCAAGGUCACAUGUUCCAUAGCACCUACAAAGAACUUGACAUGUUUUUGAUGGAACACCUAGCAAGAGACAGAAGGCAAACUAAAAUAAUAGAUGGAGUUGGGCGGCAAAUAUAUACCAGCAAAAAUUCUCCACGUCUUGAGAAACGCGAGACCAAAUGCCCAAUACCAGGCUGUGAUGGCACAGGCCAUGUUACAGGACUCUACCCACAUCAUCGCAGUCUGUCGGGAUGUCCCCAUAAAGUUCGAGUGCCUUUAGAGAUUUUGGCCAUGCAUGAAAAUGUGCUGAAGUGUCCAACACCAGGAUGUACGGGAAGAGGACAUGUUAACAGUAAUCGCAACACACACAGAAGUCUUUCAGGUUGUCCAAUUGCUGCAGCUGAGAAGCUUUCAAAAACCCAAGACAAACUUUAUUCUAGUAGCAGUGGGUCAAGCCUUGACUCUUUUCACAGAGCAACAUGUGUCAAACAUCUUGAAGUCACCCAAUACAGUUAUGGAAGUGCACCAGUUACCACAACACGAGCAACAAUAAUUAAAGAGCAUGAUAGAUUUGGGAAGGUUCCAUUUGACUAUGCCAGCUUUGAUGCCCAAGUCUUUGGGAAACAUACUAUUGCAACAGUUGUGCACAGCCAAGAGACAAGUAAUGGAGAAGCAAAACAAUUUACAAGUCCAGCGAAAUCUUCCAACCGACUGCCUAGCGCCCACACACAGAGUCCCUGCCAUGCCAGCUCUUACAGCUAUGGUCAGUGUAGUGAAGACACCCACAUAGCAGCAGCUGCUGCCAUCCUCAACCUUUCCACCCGCUGCAGGGAAGCAGCAGCAGAGAUCCUGUCCAACAAACCAUUGGGUCUGUCUGCCAAGGCUGCAGAGAUUGAAGUUGAUGAAAAUGGAACUUUGGACUUGAGUAUGAAGAAGAAUCGACUCCACGACAAGGCCGGUACUUUAGGCUCUUCCAAUCCCAUACUAUCGCCUCCAGCAUCUUCUCCUUUUAAAACUAGUAGCCUUUUGGUCAAUGCUGCCUUCUACAAAGCCCUUUGUGAAAAGGAGGGUUGGGAUACCCCAAUUAACUACAGCAAGGUUCAUGGUAAAGACGGAGAGGACCUUGAGCUGGAUCCUGGGAGCUGCUCAGAAACCACAGAGGAAACCAAAUUUUCUGGAGAUGUCUCAUUGCCGAGCCCGAAAGCCAAGUUUCAUUCCAGAGACAUGAAGAAAGAAUUGAUUACGUUUUUUUUCUGCAGUUGUCCAACUCCAGGGUGUGAUGGCAGUGGUCAUGUAACUGGAAACUAUGCUUCUCAUCGCAGUGUUUCUGGUUGUCCAUUGGCUGACAAGACCUUGAAGUCUCUUAUGGCUGCAAAUUCCCAAGAACUUAAGUGCCCAACCCCAGGCUGUGAUGGAUCUGGACAUGUCACUGGGAAUUAUGCUUCUCACAGAAGUUUGUCAGGAUGUCCUCGGGCCAGAAAAAGUGGUGUCAAAGCAUUCCCAAGUAAAGAAGACAAAGAGGACCCAGAACUUAAAUGUCCUGUUGUAGGCUGUGAUGGCCAAGGCCACAUAUCAGGAAAAUACACAUCUCAUCGAAGUGCUUCUGGCUGUCCUUUGGCUGCUAAAAGGCAAAAAGAGAGUACAUUGAAUGGCUCAUCGUUGUCAUGGAAGCAAAAUAAGCAGGAGCUGCCACAUUGCCCACUUCCAGGCUGCAAUGGACUUGGACAUGUCAAUAAUGUUUUCGUCACGCACAGAAGUUUAUCUGGAUGCCCUUUAAAUGCACAAGCCAUAAAGAAAGGGAAAACCUCAGAUGAACUAAUGAGUGUCAAAAUAAAGACAAGUGCAGCAGGCAUAGAGAAUGGGGAUGAUAUCAGGAAUUUAGAUGAAGAGAUCAAAGAAUUGAAUGAAUCAAAUUUGAAGAUAGAAGCUGACAUGAUGAAACUUCAAACCCAGAUCUCUUCAAUGGAGACAAAUCUGAAAACAAUAGAGGAGGAGAACAAACUUAUAGAGCAGAACAAUGAAAGUCUUUUGAAAGAAUUGGCAGGUCUAAGCCAAGCCCUUAUUUCAAGUCUUGCCGAUAUCCAGCUUCCACAAAUGGAACCAAUCGGUGAACACAACUUUGAAACAUAUGUAAAUACACUCACAGAAAUGUACAGCAAUAUGGAGCGGGAAUAUUCUCCAGAGUGCAAAGCUCUUUUGGAAAAUAUAAAACAAGCCGUGAAGGGAAUCCAUGUAUAGCAUGCAAAAAUAAAAAAUAAAAAAUAUCUGCGGGGCCUAGAAAAGGACACAAAGGAAUAGACUGACUUCAUGUAUAGAUUGCUUUGUGUGUACUAUAGCACAAAAGAAUGUUGCUGAUUGGUGUGCUGUAUUAACAAUGUCAACAUUGCACUACUUACUUCCCCAGCAGUCAUAAAACAAUACAAAAAAUGAAAACAUAAAAAUCUAUAAGACUGUUUAAACUAACAGCAGCACUUAUCGAGUGUAUCUCAAUGUACUUAUUUCAGCUCAUUUUUUCUCGAUUGCACUCUUUCUUUUGUAUAGUGAAUGUAUAAAGGUGUUUGCAACUAUUUUUUAUAAAUUGUAUUUAUUUCAGAUUGAAAGAGGUUUUGUUCAUACCUUUAAACGACGUUUCUUUUGUUAGGCUUACCAUAUUUUUACAAAUAUCUUUUUAUAUGUUAUUUUCUGAGUGGAUUUUAAAUAGAUUUAAUGAAAGGUGAUUCUGUAAAAUAUUAUGAUAAAAAAUUAUCUUGGAAUGAAAAGAAAUGUUACUUUGGCAAUUAAAAAAAGGGGGUUCUUAGUUGUUCUAUUUUUUGUACUAUUGCCCAUUUCCUUUAAUUCUUAUUGUCAACGUACUGUUGCUGCAACAUAAAAUCAGGGAUUAAACAAAUUAUGAGAUAGCCACCCAUAUCAAGUGAUUUUUCUUUUUUAAUUAAAUAACUGUUUUCAUUUGAAGCCGAUGCUAGCAAUAAUAGUAGCAUUUAGUAUUGUUUCUGGCAAUGUAUAUUAUUUAUGUCAUACACUGGAUCUCUUGCUAGCACUUGAAUAAAUCCUAAUUUAUACCUCACAACCUUUAGUGUAUAGAAAAGUAACAUUUAAUUAGAAUGACAUAUGCUUUAGUGAUGUGUUUGCUUAUAUACAGAUAUGAUUUCAAUCUUCUUCCACAUAAGGUGGCAAUCCUAGAAAGUAAAAAAAAAAAUGAAUGGUAUGACAUGAUGUUUUUCUACAAGUUCUCUAUGGUAGUUUAUUUAUUUAUGUUAAUCUAGUUGUGUUUCAUUAAACUGAACCUCCAUAGGUUGUGAGAAAAUCUGAUAUGCCAAGCCCAGGAUUGUGUAUCAUCUUGGUACCAGAUGAACAGUUAAUAUGUUCAUGUGUAAAUACUUAAUAUUCUAGAAACAAGGACAGUUAAAAUGCUUUGAGUGUGUUUUGUGUUUUAUUAUUUUCCACAAGCUAUAAUUUUGCAACUGAUGAUGUUAAAAAACCAGCUAAACUGCCUUGUGUAUGCACAGUUAAUGUGCAUAUGUGCCUCAUUGUAAAUGGUUACAUUCACACUACGUUUUAUUUAUUGUGUAAAACAUGAUACAUUCUCAAUUGGUGCACAUACUUCCCUGUAAUCCUACAGCUAGAACGGUCAUCUAUGAGAGCACAAAUGUUACUCAUGAAUGCUGUAUACGUAGAUUUGGUUAUAUAAAGUAGGUAUAGAUAAACAAUUUCCAAUUGAUAAUUGUGCCAUUUUGUAUACUUUAACAUUAGUGGGUUGUUUAAGAAAAGAAAAAUUAGGUCUGUUUUGUGUCCAGAAAAAGCACCAUUCUUAUUCAAUGGUGUUAUCUGGUAUUGCAGUUAAGUCCUAUUAAAGUUAAUAGCUUUACUCUUAUUCAACAACCUAGUUGACUAGUUAGUCACCUAGUAGACUAUGGUGUAUACAUGGAAGGCCAAGUUCAAAUGCUUAGAGGGCUUUUUAUAAUCAAUGACAUGGGGUUUCUUCAUCAGUUUACAAUAAAUGACUUUCCUAUUAGGAAAUCUGUAAAAGAAGCACUUUGGCUUGUUUAAGCAUUCCGAUAUUCAGACAAGUAUGGAGAAGUUUUUUCUGCUGGGUAGAAGCCUGGUGAGAUGAUCAGACCUGAUGAUCCAAUGAAAGUCCGGUGGCCAACACAGGAACUAUAAACAAUUUAUAUCCUUGACAUAAGAUAGGGCUAAAGACUAUCGAUAGUAUUUAGAGUAUUGGGCAGACUGGAUGGGCCAAAUGGUUCUUAAUGUUCUAUGUUUCUAUGACCUUGUCCGCUAUUGCAGCUCCAUCUCCUUUUUAAGUAGUUUCAACAUUACCCCCAUACAGCAGAGGUGCUACUUCUUGAGAAAAAAGACCUAUUUUUUGGAAAUCUCACACAGCCCCUUUAAAGCGUACCUGUCAGAUCCAACAAAAAAAACAUUUUUUAAAAUAUAUCACUCAGUACCUAAUCCUGACCAUGAACCUCUUUUUAUGUGUCCAGCACUUUUAUUUAUUUUUUAUUACACUUUUAAUUUUGCUCACUAGUCUGAAUUCAUCUCAAAGGGAGGGGGUGUGGUCUCACUGUGCAGAUCUCCGCCCCCUCCCUCAGUAUGCUGUCUGCUCACAUCUCCCCUAGCAUUAGCAAAACUACAACUCCCAGCUUGUCCUCACUGACAGUAGCGGGACACAAGCUGACAGUGGGAUGAUUUUUCCUCCAGCUGUGAGCCCUGUGCUCACAGCUGUCAAUCAAGGAAGUGUGUCCAUGACAUAGGUGAUGAUGCAUGGACACAGCAGGACUAGUAUGGGUCCAAGCAGGCAGAUGGGGAAGUUGUUUGACUGGCUUUUUCAGUAUGAAAUACUGAACAUUUUCUAAUGAAAGCAAUUGCAAAACCUAUUGGUUUUGCAUGAUUUACAACAUAUCAAAUGUUUUCGUAUCUGACAGUGCCCAUUUAAGCCUUCAUAGCAGUUAUUAAUAUUUAGUACAAGUAUAUAAGUCUACAAGCACAUGACUACUGCCAUUGCAUAUAUUGUAUUCCCCUUUCCUAUCAUCCCUUAUUUAUGAUGCUAUCCUUUACCCCUUUGGUUCCAUCAUCCCUUAAAUAACAGAUAAUAGUGGAGGGUGGUUGUUUUUUUCUUCCAUAGUCUGCUAAAUACAACACUCUCCUGUUCUUUCCAUUUUUCUUUAUAACAGCAGAAAGAGAACAGAAUACAUAACCCCAUUUUUGGUUAACUUCAUAGAGAUAUUCACCCUUAAACCCUAGAGUUAAAUAUUAGUAUUAAAAGAUGUAGAAUUGGAGUUUAAUGCUUCAUUACAGCAUUCAUUUGCCAUUUUUUUAUAGCAAUAAUGUAACUUCCUCAGUAAGUCUACUUAGAGGAAACAUUGCAUUUAAUGUAGUAUAAAUAUCCAUAAUAUUUAAACAGAAAAAAAUAUAGAUUCCCAAGUUGUUCUGGCAUGCCCCCUCACAGUGAAUGACAAUAAUGAAAAGGCCAAGUUAGCACAGCCAGGUGAUGGUCCCAUUAAAUUCUAUGGAAACAGAUGGUACAUACUCAUCCUGCUUUGCGGAAAGGAAUGGUGAUUUGGGAAUGAUGGGGGUCAAAUUGAAAUUAUUUAGUUUCAGAUGCUUAGAAAUGCUGAUAUUAGGCAGAUAUUACUUCUGAUCUUUCAGUUGCCAAACUGCCAGCCUAUGCCUAUGCGUACGAUUGAUAAAAAGGUUAAGAUAUUUGUAAGAGACUCUGAGGAGCAUUGUUUUAUUUUUAUUUGUUACUGUAGCAGGCAGUGCAAUAUUAAAUAUUUUUGUAAUUUAUGACUUGGAAUGAGAACUUAGACAUGGCCAGAUAGGAAGCCCUGGAAGAUAAAAGAAAAUGGUUGACUAUAAAUGAAUGUAUUCUAUUAUGCAGUGUUGAAUUAGGGUUCCUAUGUCAGCCACCAUCCAUCUAUAUGUAACAUGACGAGAUUUCAUAGGUUAUUUGUAAAAUAACCUCUAAUGAAAAUAAUCUAGUUGCAAAUGACUGACUUCAUAGUCCUCUCCAAAUGUGGAUGUCUUUUCCUGAAAAGUUUAGUCCUAUUAGGCUAGGUUCGGACUGAGGAAUUUAUGAGCAUAAUUCCGCUUAGAAAUUCCUGUGCAGCAGAGUCCCAUAGCUGUCAAUGGAAUUCCGCUGCACAUUGCACACUCCAGAAUUUUAACUUAUUCACACAUCAUACAUUUGAAUAAAUCUAAUCUAUUUGACUCUGUAUAGAUGUGUACCCCCAGCAUUCAUGCAAUAACAAUUCAGGCACAAAUACAUUAUCCUAACUGCACAUGCAGUGCAACCUAUCCAGCAUAAUCUACAGGUACAAUAAAUUAUGUGACACAAAUAGGUAAAUCUCCUCUAAAACCACAACCAUGUGUAAAGGUUUGAAGAAAGGGGGAUUCAGGGAUGAAGCAGUUAGUACUGGAAUCACUCACUGAACAUGUUAAAGGGGUACUCCGCUGGAAAACAUUUUAUUUUUUUUAAACAAUUGGUGCCAGAAAGUUAAACAGAUUUGUAAAUUACUUCUAUAAAAAAAUCUUAAUCCUUCUAGUACUUGUAAGCUUCUUUAUGCUCCAGAGGAGUUUUUUUUUAUUUUUUUAUUUCCUUUCGGUCUGACCACAUUGCUCUCUGCUGACACCUCUGUCCAUUUUAGGAACUGUCUAGAGUAGGAGAAAAUCCCUAUAGCAAACCUCUCCUGUUCUGGACAGUUCCUGAGACAGACAGAGGUGUCAGCAGAGAGCACUGUGGUCAGACAGAAAGGAAAUAAAAAAUAAAAAAAAAGAAAUUCCUCUGGAGCAUACAGAAGCCUAUAAGUACUAGAAGGAUUAAGAUUUUUUAAUAGAAGUCAAAUCUGUUUAACUUUCUGUCAUCAGUUGAUUUAAAAAGAAAUAUGUUUUCCAUAUGUUUUAAUAUUUAAUUUUAUUCAUGUUUAAAUGUGUUCUAUAUUUAAGUUGAAUAUGAGGAAAUCUCGCAAACAUAUGUAUUUAUUGCUAAGGCUUACUUAAUUUAUGUCUGAUGCUCCGGAUGUUUGGUAGUGUAUGUUUGUAUUUAUUAAUUUGCUUCCUUUGUAAUUGAUGUGUUCUUUUUGUAAUGUGCACUGAUUUUUUUUGUGUUCAAUUGCAUCAAUGAGCAGCACUGUAAAUUAUAUCUUUUGUAAGAAGCGAUGUAUGCAAUUUUUAUUUGGAGUAGUUUAUAUAUUGUGUCUUCAUAAACUAAUAUUUCUUACAUUCAGAUCAACAAAUUGUGUUUGUGCUGUAAAUUUGGUGGAUGUUAGGAAAUAAAAUUGAUUAUAAAACGCCAACUUAAUCUGGAUUUGUCUGUGCUCUAGUAAAAAGUUAUAUCAUGUGAUUUAUUAUGCAUUUUUGUUUAGUUCACAGUAAAACAAAAAUAAAC